UUCAGGAAUUCCAAAAUCCGAGUCCGCUGGGAUACCGGAAGUGAAGACAUUGUCAGUGUGUCACCUGAAUGCGGAAGUGCAGUAUUUCACAAAAAAAAGGAAGCGAGACUGGAUAGACAGCGUGGGUUUAACUAGUUUAGACAUUUAUCGUGUGAGAGAGAGAGACUCAGGACAAAUACACGGGUUUGGGGACAGGCUGGAGGGGUUAAACAGAGCGAUCGGGGGAGAAGUGGAGAGUGGAGAGGGUUUCUUAUCGAGCUGAGAUCGGGAGGGCAGAGUGCACACCGACACCUAACUCUGUGUUUGCAUCAGCGUUGGGUUUGUGUUCAAAUCCCGGAGCACCGCUUAUAAUAAUAAUAAUAAUAAUAAUAAUCAUAAUAUCCGGAUCUGGGAUCCUGUCUCCCAACACUUCCAGUUCCUGCUGUCUCUAAGCACCUGUGCGUGUGUCAGAGUCUCAGCCAGGAGCACAGCGGACCGGCGCUGCUAGACAAGGUCUGUCCGGCCCAGAGCGACUGUCUCCGGCUGAGUGUGCCUGUCUCUCGGCUCUGCUGCUGGGAGAUACAACACGAGGGCUUGGUUCUGAUGCAGAGCAGCGUUGGCAAGGUGUUGUUGGCUGUGGGCUCCAGCCAUGGCUCCUCUCCUUCUCCCCCUGCUGUGUGCACUGCUGACCUGCCUGCAGACCCCCGGCCUGGCUGGCUCUGACCCGGACCCAGUCCCCCAGUGCGACUCGGGGCUGACCUGGGCGGUGAGCCUGGGGCCGGAGGGGGGGCAGGCAGACAGGCAGGCGCUGGACUUGCUGGCUGGGGAAGUGGCCGCAGAAGCAGGGCUGGAGAGCAGGGGGCAGAUCGGCCAGCUGGAGGGGCACUACCUGCUGGCGUUGCCCUGCGGACAGGAGGGGGGCAGAGGGCAGGCGGCCCAGGCCCUGUCACAGCACCCAGCCGUCAGGUGGCACUCAGAACAGCAGCUCCUCAGGAGGGCCAAGCGCAGCCUCACAUUCAACGACCCCAGAUACCCCAAGCAGUGGCACCUGCACAAUAAGGUGCGGGCGGGGAUGGAUAUCAAUGUCACGGCUGUGUGGGAGCACAAUGUGACUGGCGCUGGGGUCACCGUGGUUGUCGUGGACGACGGAGUUCAACACACUCUGAAGGACAUCCAACCCAACUAUAGCCCCGAGGGGAGCUACGACCUGAACUCCAACGACCCUGACCCCAUGCCACACCCCGACGCCAACAACGACAAUCACCACGGGACACGGUGCGCGGGAGAGAUCGCUGCCGCGCCUAACAACAGCUACUGCGCCGUGGGCGUGGCGUACGGGAGCCGGGUGGCAGGGAUCCGCGUGCUUGACGGGCCGCUCACUGACAGCAUGGAAGCCGUUGCCUUCAACAAGCACUACCAGAUCAAUGACAUUUACAGCUGCAGCUGGGGCCCCGAUGAUGACGGGCGCACGGUGGACGGGCCGCACCCUCUGGGCAAGGCAGCGCUGCAGCACGGGGUCAUUGCUGGCAGGAAGGGCUUCGGCAGUAUCUUUGUGGUCGCCAGUGGCAACGGAGGACAGUUCAGGGACAACUGCAACUACGACGGCUACGCCAACUCCAUCUACACUGUGACCAUUGGAGCAGUGGAUGAGAACGGCCGGAUGCCCUUCUAUGCGGAGGAGUGUGCCUCCAUGCUCGCCGUCACGUUCAGCAGUGGAGACAAGAUGCUGCGCAGCAUUGUGACCUCAGACUGGGACCUGCUGAAGGGCACUGGCUGCACGGACGGGCACUCUGGCACCUCCGCUGCCGCCCCCCUCGCUGCGGGGAUGGUGGCUCUGAUGCUGCAGGUUCGACCCUGCCUGACCUGGAGAGACGUGCAGCACAUCAUAGCCUUCACUGCCACCAAGUAUGAGGACCGGCGAGCGGACUGGGAGGUGAAUGGAGCCGGGUUCCACCACAGCCACCAGCACGGCUUCGGGCUGCUCAACGCCUGGAGACUGGUCAACGCUGCCAAGGUGUGGGAGUCUGUGCCGUACCUCACCUCCUAUCAGAGCCCCGCGUUCAAGGAGGAGAGAGUGAUCCCCAGCGCCCCGGCUCAGCUGAGAGUCUCCUGGAACGUGACGGCGGCGGAUCUGGGUCAGUCUGGCAUGCGCACGCUGGAGCACGUUGCCGUGAUGCUGACCCUCACACACCCUCGCCGUGGCAACGUGGAGAUCGUGCUGCUCUGCCCCAGCGGCAUCUCCUCCCUGAUAGGAGCACGCAGAGCCAUGGACAGCGACCCCUCCGGCUUCUCUGAUUGGAUGUUCUCCACGGUGCGCUGCUGGGGUGAGCGGGCGGAGGGGGUGUACACACUGCUGGUGCAAGAUCACGCUGAUGGCCCCCUGACCCAGGGCACUCUGAACCGCUGGCAGCUCACCCUGUACGGCUCAUCCUGGUCCUCCGAAGAAGUGAAAGAGAGGCAACAGCUGGUGGAGCAUGCGAUGGGGGGGCAGUACCUGGUGAGCAGCUUCUCUCUGCCCUGUCCCCCGGGUCUGGAGAUCCAGGAGCCGCCAGUCACCACCCUGACUGCCAACAGCCUGAAGUCCUUGCUCCUGUUGGGCUGCUUCGCUCUGUUCUGGUCUCUGUACUACACCCUGGAGACUCUGCUGGCUCACCUGGACUGGAGAGCACUGUGCCGCGGCGCCCCCUGCAGGGCAGGAAGGGACAGGCAGGUGGAGGAGGGAGGCGGAGAGGGAGAGGGGGGGGGGGACCCCAUGGUUCCCCUGGAGAGACUGCCUCCUCCCCGUCCACAGUUCUCCCACAACAAGACCCCCGUCCUGCAGCAAGAAGAGGAGGCAGCCCCCCUGAUCUCCCCCACGUAGCACCGUCACCCCCCCCCCCCCGGUAUACUGGCCCCCGCUGCGGGGGAUAUUGACAGUAUAUAGCAAUCUAGGGACAUGAUCUGCACUGGUGCUGCAGAAAGAACCAGGACUAAUUCACAGGGAGGAAGGGAGUCAAUAAAGAGCUUUACUGAGAUGCAUUUCAAGAACAGAGCUGAGAGAGUAGAGCUACAGUAUAUCUAUAGCAGUAUAUAUAGAGAGAGAGAGAGGUUUUGGUUUUGGGUGUCUUCAGUAUUAGAGGCUGCCUUGUUCCGUGUCUCAGGGCAGCCUGCCUCCCUCCUUCCCUGACUCUGAGCUCCAGGCUCUGGCAGAGUGUCCCUGAGUUUCCCCAUGAUUGCGCUGCUGCUGGAGCUCUCUUCGACGGAAUCGGGCCGCCUCUCUUCGACGGAGGAAGUCACAGCGCUGAACUGAUCGGAGAAAAAACAUUCUGUGUUGAUGAGGAUGAUGAUGAUGAUGAUGAUGAUGAUGAGGAUGAUGAUGAUGAUGAUGAGUUUUAAACUGUGUUGCUCCUCCUUUGGUUUUUAGUUUUCAGUUUGUUUUAAUUUUUUAAUUUCAAUCUGUCAAUAGAAUUGCUGCAGUAUUCCACAUUCUCAGAUCUGUCUCCCUGCCUCUCGUCUGAGGGGCUACUGUAUUGGGAGGGGGAGCUGUGCACUAUACUGUAUUUGAACAGAAUGAAAAUAAUAAUGAUUUUUCUGUU